GCUAACUUAGACCAACAGUCCGGUUCGGUUCGUUCAUACUUCAGGAGGGUAAAACGACAUAGAUACGGAUCCUAAACAAACGUUUAUUUAAUUUUCGGAGUCAUUCGGACUUGUAUUUUUAUUUUAAUUAAUUUGAGUGAAAAAAAAAUCUAAUUGAUCAUGUCGAUCGCUCAGGAAGUGAUCAAGGAGCCGAUGAUGGUUAACGCAUCAAGCGUUUUCUAUUUUCUACUCCUUCCAACAUUCGCCUUGUGGUUCGUCUACUGGCGUCUAUCGCGUAGACAUCUUUAUGAGUGCGCCGAAAAAAUACCUGGACCUGAAGGAUUACCUUUGAUUGGAAAUUUAUUCGAUGCCAUUGGAUCACCAUCAAAGGUGUUCGAGACCGUUAUGAGAAAGGGUGAACCUUUUGAACAUGUGGCCAAAAUUUGGAUUGGACCUAAAUUAGUUAUAUUUUUGUAUGAUCCACGUGAUGUUGAGAUCUUACUUAGCAGUCAGGUGUACAUUGACAAAGCACCUGAAUAUGAAUUCUUCAAGCCAUGGUUGGGAGAUGGUCUUUUGAUCAGUACUGGUCACAAAUGGCGCUCACACAGGAAACUUAUUGCACCAACAUUCCAUUUGAAUGUAUUAAAGAGCUUCAUUGAACUCUUUAAUGAAAAUUCGCGUAAUGUUGUUAAUAAAUUGAAGAGCGAAGGUGAAAAGACAUUUGAUUGUCAUGAUUAUAUGAGUGAAGCUACCGUGGAAAUUUUAUUGGAAACUGCUAUGGGUGUAUCGAAGAAGACCCAAGGAAAGAGUGGUUUCGAAUAUGCCAUGGCUGUCAUGAAGAUGUGUGACAUUCUCCAUCUGCGUCAUCGCAACAUCUUGUUGCGCAGUGAAUUCUUGUUCAGUCUUACUAAGCACUUCAAGAACCAAGGCAAACUUCUGGACAUCAUUCACGGUUUGACCACCAAGGUUAUUAGGAACAAAAAAGAAGCUUUCGCCAAGGGUACCCGAGGAUCACUUGCAACAACCAGCAAGUCUUUCGAAGCAUUUAACUUCCAGCUAGACUCAAAGAAAUCAACUGUUGUUGAGGGUCUAUCAUAUGGACAAGCUGAACAGCUUAAAGAUGAUUUGGAUGUUGAGGAUAAUGACAUUGGAGAGAAGAAACGUUUGGCUUUCCUCGACUUGCUCUUGGAAAGUGCACAAAAUGGAGCUUUGAUUUCUGACACCGAAAUCAAGGAACAAGUUGACACAAUUAUGUUUGAAGGUCAUGACACCACCGCUGCAGGAAGUUCAUUCUUCCUCUCAAUGAUGGGUAUACAUCAAGAUGUCCAAGAACGUGUAUUGGCUGAAUUGGAUGAAAUCUUUGGUGAUUCUGAUAGGCCAGCAACCUUCCAAGAUACUCUCGAAAUGAAAUACUUGGAACGUUGUUUGAUGGAAACUCUUCGUAUGUAUCCACCAGUACCAAUUAUUGCUCGUCAACUUAAGGAAGAUCUUAAACUGGCAUCUGGCAACUAUGUUGUCCCAGUUGGUUCAACUGUUGUGGUUGCAACAUUCAAACUUCAUCGUAAUCCAAAGAUCUGGGAAAAUCCAACAGUUUUCAAUCCUGACAACUUUUUGCCAGAGAAACAAGCCAAUAGGCAUUAUUAUGCCUUUGUGCCAUUCUCAGCUGGACCAAGGAGUUGUGUUGGUCGAAAGUACGCCAUGCUUAAGCUGAAGAUUCUUCUAUCCACAAUUCUUCGCAACUAUCGAAUCCAUUCGGAUGUUCCCGAAAAAGAUUUCAAAUUGCAAGCUGAUAUUAUCCUGAAGCGCGAAGAAGGUUUUAAGGUUCGGCUUACACCAAGGCAGAGGACCGCCAAGGUUGCUUAAGGCACGAUUAUUCUUUAAGUCCCAAAGAUUUCCAUCAAUCCCCCAAAAAUACCCCACCCAAAACAUGCGGAUGAUGUACGAGUAGUUUAUAGAGAAGAAACAAUAAAAUGUAAAACAAAAAAUCAAAAGAAGACACCUAACUUUUGAAUAACAACAAAAACUCCUCAAAACCAAAAUUUACUUAAAAAAAAUAACAAACAAAAAAAAAUUAAACUUUGCAGUGCGGUGUUAACAUCAAACCUAGUCCUCCUUUUUUUCCUUUGUUAUGCUUUCUCUUUUCUCUUUUGUUCUGGUUAAUAAUGAGCCUUAAAAAUUUUAAUUCUGGUUUUGUGUUUCCAUUAUGUUUUAAAUUUUCUUUUGUUUCUCGAAAGUGUUAUGAUGUCUUUUAAAAAAAAAAGAAAUAUGAUGAAUAAACAAAAUGUUUAUAAAAAAUAA